UCAACCCCCACCCAAAAGUGGGUAUUGACCGCAACAAAGAUGGCGGCUUUUUGAACCAUUUGUGAAGCUAAAUUGGCAAAUAAAUUCGUUUUGUGAAUUUUUAAGGGUUGCCUACGGUUAAGUCAAGAUGUCGGAGAAAGAGGAACUUCCUAAAGUUAGUCCAAAAGAGGUCUUCGAUCGCUUGACGUUCGGAGUUGUGAAAUCACUCGAAAAGAAAAAAGGUGUAUUCGACAUCCAUGUAGAAGAGAGAAAGCCAGCAGAAAGACAUCUCGUUGUGAGCUGGGAGCAGAAACACUCCUGUAUCCUACCAGAAGAUGUGAAAAACUUUUACCUUACGAUGAAUGGACUUUUGAUGACCUGGAAAAUCAAGUUUGAUGAAGUCUUGAUGAGGCUGGGUAGAAUGGAGAUCAAUUCUAUCUCUGAACUGAAGAAGCUGAACAGCACGUCCCCCACUGCUGGGACCAGUAACAACCCGUCCCUGGCUGAUAUUGACUCAGACAGUGAGACUGAGGAGGAUGAGGAUGACACAGCACCAGUCAAGCCUCACUUUGACAGCCGUAGUCGCAUCUUUGAGCUUGACCCCUGUGAGGGUACUGGAAAAGUGUGCCUUGUCUUCAAGAACACAAAACCAGGAGUGCCAGCCCAGGGGAUGGAGAUUUGGUUCCUGGACCGUGCCCUGAGGUGGAACUUCUUGACUGACAGCUUCACUCACUACUUCAGGAUGAUGAUCAUGCACCUGGGUCUGCCACAGUGGCAGUACGUCUUCACUGACAUAGGUCUCAGUCAACAGGCUAAGCAAUGGUUUAACAUGUAUGCGCCAGGUAGGCUUGCGCUGGACAUGCAGGACAGAGGCCCAGAGGGGCCUGACCAGAGGGAGACUGACCCCUGCACUCCUGACCCCUCCGUCCCUACCAACAAACUGGACCCUGCCAGAGUCUUCAAGGGGAAGAAAGAUCAGAAGUAA